AAUAACCAAGAAAUAUACUUUUAUUAAAUAUUUAUUAAAUAUCAAGUAAAGUGAUCUUAAUUCAAUUGUUAUGGAACGAAUAAUGGAAAAUUACUACAUAAAUCCAAAAAGGAUGAGCAAACUAACAUGCAAGAAAUGUAACGCUGUUGUAAAGAAUGAAUCGAAGACGUUAUUUCAGCAUAUGAUGAAGCAUUUACAUCAACACCCACAAAAUGCUGCAGCUUCACAAUCAUUCCUCAUACCACAAAGAUCGUAUAGUUCAUGCAGUCUUCCAAAUAUUGAUAGAAAUCCCGAAGUUGCUACAUCGAGCAGAAAUCUCAAUGUUGCUACAUCGAGCAGAAAUCCCAAUGUUGCUACAUCGAGCAGAAAUCCCGAAGUUACUACAUCGAGCAGAAAUCAACAGCCACCAACCUACAAUAUGGGUCAUAAUGCAAGCAAUUUUUUACAUCCUGGUAGAAAUGCUGAAUAUACAUAUGUUGCUCCAUCAACCAGCUAUCCUCAUCAACCAGGCCCUUCAAGACAGCCAACAUAUAGUUUAGCCUACAACGCAAGCAGUUCUUUACACUCUAGGCCAAGUGAUAGAGAUAUUCUCAGAAGGAGCCACCUCCAACUAAUAAAUAAUUUUAAAAAAUUUGAUAGUGCGCAUAACUAUAUGUUACUGUAUCUCAGAGAGAGAAGAUUUGAUGUAAACCCGUCAUCGGAUUUUGAAAACAUCGGUGAAUAUGAUGGUCCAUGCGAAUUGUCGGAUAUAUCCAGGCAUAUUGAUAAUAUUGUGGCUAAAUCUGAUGGCCCUUCCCAAAUCCGAAGAAGUAUAUAAAACAAAGGCAAUAAGUAAUCUCACGAUGAUACCUCCAAUCCGAUUCAACGUUAAAACGCACCAUCGAAUAUAUCCGGAUACGCUUUUGCGCUACGAAAUGGUUCGAAACAAAGCCGUUCCUGUGCAAAGUUUACAGCAAUGCGUUAUCCCUGCUGCUACAUGCUUUUUCUAUGACCGUAUAUGUGUGUAUGUGUGUAUACGUGGUCACGGGAAACAACCAACAUUUCUGGAUUCGCGAUGACAUUCUUCUUUAUGGUGGCUGUCCGCGCAGAUUGGCCGUGUCCACCAUCUUCGGCAAAUAUUUCAUGUCUUCCGGUCGGGAAGAUCCUUUCUCACCGAGGACGAAGAAAUACGAGAGCGAGAACGCGGAUAUCGCGAGAAUGUCACUUUCACUUGUUCUCAAGCCAUAAAGCUGAGUAACAAUAUACGUCUUCGCAUUCUCUUUUUCCGAUACAUUGCGCGAAUGAAUUAAUAAGCUUUAUUCGAUCUGACACGGAGAUCCGUUUAAAUCUUUUUGAAACUUUUUGAUGAUGAGACAAAUAUACAAAGUGAUUCUUAAUAAGUGCGAAAAAUUUUAGGAGAUGAUUCUUUGUCGAA